AUGGCGAAAACCGAGGGGGAGUUCAGGCUCUACCAGAGUUUCCUUACCAACCUGGAGAGAGCCUCUGGACUCUCCUGGUUUGCCUAUGCACCCCCGGCGGAACGCUCGCUUAAGCUGGCGAUUCUCGGCUUGCCCAUGGACACCAAUCCCACCGACCUGGAGGAGGAGCUACGCAACCGCGGCUUCUUCCCGGAGUACGUCCGAAGACUUGAUCCCGAGUCUAGGGCAAAAUGGGAGGCCAAAAUGUCCGAGUCUGGAAAUGAAUUGCCACAAUACAAACAACUCGAAACCUUUCUUGAAGCCAGGUUUCGAUCGUUAGAGUACAAGAUAUCGGAGAAGAGUCAAAUGCAUACCAUCACAAAAACAUCAAACUCAACCACAACUACCGCUAUCACGUGUUUAUUCUGUUCAGAUAAACACAAAUUGACCAAUUGCAAGAGCUUCAUGAAGGAAAAUGUCGAAUGUAGAAGACAAUUUGCGCAGACACAACGUUUGUGUUUUAAUUGUCUCAGUCCUGAGCAUUCAGUGUACAUGUGUACGAUGUCAACCUCUUGCCGCUUAUGCAAAAAACGACACCACACCUUAUUACAUCCCAAAACACUACAACCAAGCAAAUCGGAGCCUCCUGAAGGUAAAAAGGUUGCUGCUGUUGUUACUGACAUGCCAGCCUCAUUCAUGGAGAAUGAAGAAUCCGAAACGGAAGAUGUUGAAACACAUGAAGUAGUGACCACGUGCUUUGCUAGUUCACGUAGUACUGUCCUCCUAGCUACUGCUUUAGUUAGUGCCAAGGCACUUUCACACACGAGCAGUUCGGCUAACGUCCUGAGAGCUCUUAUAGACCAGGGUUCUCAGGCGUCGUUUAUUACGGAAGCAGCGGCUCAGUUACUGGGUCUGCGAAAAAGUAAAGAAUCUGUUAAAGUUUCAGGGUUGGGAGGUUCAAGGGCUUUAGAGUCGAAAUCAUCAGUAAAAAUUCAAAUCGCUUCUAGAGCUGACCCUUCUUUCCUUUUGACAGUCAAGGCGCAUGUUCUAAGCAAACUUACCACGUUGUUGCCAAGUAACAAAGUCACAGUCAGUUAUGACCAAAUGCAGGUAUUGCCUACUCUUGAGCUAGCUGAUCCAUCAUAUAACUGUCCCGGCGCAAUUGAUUUGCUGCUGGGUGCAGAGGUCCACAGUCAAAUUAUUAUGGAAGGUUUGGUUCAAGGUGCUAACGGAAAUUUCAUCGCCCAAAAAACUAGAUUUGGUUGGAUGUUAUCCGGACUGGUGGAAGACACAUCCUCUCAUGAGAAUCAGCAUUUCAAAUGUCAUACAACUAUGAUCAAUUGUUUUGAAGAGGACGGGUUAUUAAAGAAAUUCUGGGAGUUAGAAUCAGAACCUGUGUUGUCGAAGAAACUGUUGACUCGGGAAGAACAGGCUUGUGAAGAGUUAUUUGCCGAAACAACCAGGAGAGAUGAAACUGGAAGAUAUGUAGUAAAACUUCCAUUUAAACAUGAAAAUCCCGCAUCAAAACACAGUGGGUCGUAUGACAUAGCGCGUAGACGGCUUUUCGCGCUAGAAAAGCGAUUGUCAAGCAACCCUGUGCUCAAAGUAGAAUACUCUAACGUAAUCAACGAGUAUCUAACUAUGAAGCACAUGGAGGUCUGUACAGACAACAACAAACCAGACGCGGUGUAUCUUCCUCACCACGCCGUGAUUCGCGAGGACAAGAGUACUACAAAGGUGCGUGUGGUAUUCGACGCUUCCUGCAAAGGAUUCAACGGAGCCUCCUUAAAUGGCGAUCUCAUGAUCGGUCCAACAUUACAGCCAGAGUUACGACAUUUAGUGAUGAGAUGGCGAUGCUAUCCCAUCUCGCUAGUCGCUGACAUCGCCAAAAUGUACCGACAGGUCGCUGUGGCGUAUGAAGAUACUGAUUUUCAACGCAUUCUUUGGCGUGAGAACCCGGAAGAAGAGAUACAGCACUUAAAAUUGUUACGUGUCACUUUUGGAACAGCAUCAGCACCUUAUCUGGCUGUUCGUGCUUUGCAACAAGUGGCACACGAUGAAGGUGCUGAGUUUCCACUGGCAAAAGAUAGAGUGCUCGCUGAUUUUUACGUAGACGAUUUCAUGAGUGGCUGUCAUUCCGUCGCGGAAGGUGUUCAAGUCUUCGAGCAAACAACUGAGUUGCUCAGCCGUGCUGGAUUUCCUUUGCAAAAGUGGGCAAGUAACAACAAGGAGUUACUUCAAGCAAUUAGUAGCAAAGGUCAAGAUGAACUUAAUCAAAAUUUAGAGCUCAAAAUUGACGACAUCAUGAAGGUUCUUGGUCUUACGUGGGAUAAAGAAACUGAUGAAUUUAGAUUCAAAGUUAACUUACCUUCGUUAUCAGAGGCUCCCAUAACAAAAAGAAAGGUGAUAUCAGAUAUAGCCAAACUGUUUGAUCCCUUGGGAUGGCUAGCGCCGACAAUUACAAAAGCCAAAAUUUUCAUACAAAGGCUGUGGCUAUCUGGAAUUGGAUGGGACGGUCAACUUCCAGCCGAGUUACUUCAGGAGUGGUUGAGCUUUAGAGAGGAUUUGGUGAAUCUUGAAGCAUUCGUAAUCCCUCGUUGGAUAAGUUGCAAAAAAGAUGAUCAACGGCUCGAAUUACACGGCUUCUCGGACGCUUCUAAUGUAGCAUACGCAGCCGUCGUAUAUGUCAGAGUUGUUAAUAAAGAUGGCAUGGUUCAUGUCAACUUACUUACUUCCAAAACACGUGUGGCACCUAUUAAACAAGUGUCAAUCCCACGAUUGGAAUUAUGUGGUGCUGAUUUAUUAGCCAAACUUCUGACUGAAGUGGCUAAUGUUUUAAAUGUUUCCAAAGAAAACAUACACGCGUGGUCUGAUUCUACUAUUGUUUUAGCGUGGCUCAGUAGCCACCCAAGCAGGUGGAAGACCUUUGUCGCGAAUAGGGUUUCCAAUAUCCUCACUACCAUGGAUGGAAAUCAGUGGUCGCACAUCGCUAGCGAGCAAAACCCUGCAGACUGUGCAUCCAGAGGGCUCCAGCCCGCGGAAUGUGCUCGUAACAAACUGUGGCGCCACGGACCUGCAUCUUUAUGGAAUUCACACAUAGAUUAUAAUAAGAAAGAUAUUAAAGACACUAACCUGGAAGAAAGGAAGACAAAGUUGAAGAGUCACGUGACGGUAGAUACCCAAAUAGAUGAUGGUGAAGACUUGAUGAGGCGUUUUUCCUCAUUGACAAAACUUACCCGCGUACUGUCGCUCUGCCGAAGAGUCAUGCGCUGGAAGACAUCUGAAAUAAAAGAAACUGAAAGAUUAGACCAUGGGUUAACAGCUAAAGAAAUAAAUAAAACGUUACUUACCUGUAUAAGGAUGUGCCAAAAGAAACACUUUCAAAGGGAGAUUGAAGGUCUUCAAAAAUUUGGUAGAGUUGAUAAGAAGAGUAAGCUCUCUUCAUUAAACCCCUACUUAGAUGACGAACAAGCAUUGAGAAAGCUGCCCGACAGCUUGCUGAACUCUUUGAUGUCGAAAGCUCGAGUGUUGCUGUUGAGAUUGCAGAUUGGUUUGCUACAAAUGGAACAUCUUGGCACUUCAUACCUCCUCAUUCUCCAAAUUUUGGAGGACUGUGGGAAGCUGCGGUUAAGUCCAUAA